CCUCUUAUGACCUGUUGUCGCGAUUUCGCAUCAUACCGGUUUUAAGCCGCACCACCAGAAGAAAACAUCUGUAGCCGCUACCCCUGCGCUCAGAGGGAAUCCACAGAUGUCUGGCAACACGUGGAAAAGGCAGCGCCAUCUAUCGUCGAUUCAGUAAAGAGCUGACGGCUGCCAUUUCUCCAGUUGAUGCCGACGAAGAACAUUUCUCACUAUCCAUCCAUUGGCAUCCGUCUCCAUUCAAGGUAUGUAAGUUUUUUUAAUAUAAAAAAAUUUUGCAUGAUAGGCACUUGGUUGAAUAAUGCACGCAGAUCACGUAAAUAAUUUGUUUUUGAAGAUUAGUUGUUUUUUCAAGCGUGUGUCGCUUUGUCGCGUUUUCGCAUCAACAGGCUGUAGCGUCCCGAUUUGUGCACAACUUCGUCUUCCUCGGCAUGUGGUCAAAAAACUAGUAAUUUUUGUUUUUUGCAGUUAUUCGGUGCUUUUUGUUCGUGAUGGACACCAGAAGGUUCUACGGGAUCAGGGUUCCACCCGUUGAAGAAAGCGAAGAUAGCUGCCUCAGCGACAGCGAUUCGGAAUACAGCCCUGACACAGUACAUGCUGCCCCAUCAGAUCAAUCUGGGCAGUCUGGGAGCGACACAGAUGAAGAAGGUGAAACGGAAGAGCCGUCAACGUCAAGCGCAAGAAGUUUCCUCUGGAAGCAAGUGAACCAUCCGCGGACAUGCCACCCUCAAUGGGAAGACGGUCUUCCAGACCCUCCAGAUGAGCCGAAAGCUCCCAUUGCGUACUUCCGGUAUUUUUUUGACGACAAGCUUCUUGAGGAGAUUACAGACCAGUCCAAUCUCUAUGCAGUGCAGAAGAAUGCCAACAAAGCAUUGUGCCUAACACGCGCUGAACUGGAGCAGUUUCUUGGGGCCACAAUGUAUAUGUCCAUAUACAGGCUUCCGCGAUCGCGCAUGUACUGGAACCGCGAGAUGCGAGUAGAAAAAGUGGCAGAAGUUAUGUCACGUGACAGGUGGCAAGCGAUAAAGAACAGCCUUCAUUUCAACGACAACAAUCUCCUACAAGCAAAUGCUGGCAAAGACAGGCUCUUCAAAAUUCGACCACUCAUUGACAAUCUGCUGCUCAAAUUUCAAAUCCUUCCAAAGACACAGAUGCUGGUGGUCGACGAGCAAAUUGUGCCGUUCAAAGGCCGCUCCUCACUCAAGCAGUACGUCCCUAGCAAGCCUCACAAGUGGGGCUACAAGAUUUUUGUACUUUGCGACACCCACGGACUUGUCUCUGACUUCUCUAUAUACACAGGGGACAUCCGCCCUGUUCCUGGAUUACCUGACCUUGGAGCAAGCUCUAAUGUUGUGCUCGAGCUUUCGCGCUCCAUCCCAGAGAACAAGAGCUACUUGCUCUUUUUUGACAACUGGUUCACAUCCAUAAAACUGCUGGUAAAUUUGCAUCAGCGUGGUAUUCCAGCAAUGGGAACUGCACGCGCAAACAGAAUUUCUGGAUGCCGACUGCCCAGCGAUGCAGAAAUGAAGAAGAACGGUAGAGGAAGCCACGUGGAGAGGCAGGCUACUAUUGAAGGGGUCGAAGUCCGAGUAGUGAAGUGGUACGACAGCCGGGGAGUGAAUAUUGCUAGCACAUUCGGGAGUGCCCAGCCUCUAGGAAGCUGCCAGCGGUAUGACCGCAAAAAGAAAGAAAGAUGUGAAGUUGAGCAGCCAGCCAUUGUGAAGGCUUACAACACUUUUAUGGGUGGAGUCGACCUUCUCGAUGGGCUCAUGGCGUACUACAGAAUUUUUCUGAAGUCGAAGAAAUUCUACCUGCGAUUUUUUUUUCAUUUUGUGGACAUGGCUAUUGUGAGCAGCUGGCUGCUCUACCGGAGGGAUUGUGAUGCUCUAGGAAUCCCAAAGAAACAUCAACUGGAUCUUCUAGCGUUCAAGGCUUCUCUAGCCAGCUGCCUGUGCAAUCAAAACAAGGACGUGAUGAAGAAGAGGGGCCGGCCGUCUCUUUCCGUGGAAGGAGAGCUUGAGAAGAAGAAAAGAAGAGGACCAGCAGCUCCAACACCUAAUGCUGAAGUCCGUCAAGACAAUGUUGGCCACUGGCCUGAAGUGUCGCAGCAACGACAACGAUGCAAGAUGCCUGGCUGCAAAGGCCAACCUGUUUCCUUCUGCACAAAGUCCAAAGUUCAUCUGUGUAUAAAAAAAAGUUCAAAUUGUUUCAUUUCUUUUCAUAAGAACUGA